CGUCGUGCCUCCAGCAGAGAGCACUGCUUGGUUGGACGUGAGCGCCAUCGACCUGCCUCUACUUCCAGAUCGAAGAUGGCGGUCUCUGUGUUCCGCGGCGUGCGGCUGCUCUCUAUCGGAGACGCGAACGGAGACAUACAGCGACACUCAGAGCAGCAGCCGCUGCGGCUAGAAGUGAAAACUUCACAAGACGCUGCCCUCCUCAAUCUCUCCAAUGGAGAGGAGACGAGUGUGUUCAAGUGUUCAGUUUCCCGUGACACAGAGUGCAGCCGCGUAGGGAAGCAGUCGUUCAUCAUCACUUUAGGCUGCAACAGCGUCCUCCUGCAGUUCUCCUCGCCCGCAGACUUCCAGUCCUUUUAUAACCUUCUGAAGAACUGCCGGGGCCAUGCUGGCGAGUGCUCAGUCUUCAGUGAAAGAACAGAGGAGUCCUCUGCUGUACAGUAUUUCCAGUUUUACGGCUACCUCUCCCAGCAACAGAAUAUGAUGCAGGACUAUGUUCGGACAGGGACUUACCAACGAGCUAUUCUCCAGAACCACACUGACUUCAAGGACAAGGUGGUUCUGGAUGUGGGCUGUGGAUCAGGAAUCCUCUCUUUCUUCGCUGCCCAAGCUGGAGCCAGGAAGGUGUAUGCAGUGGAGGCCAGCACCAUGGCCCAGCAUGCUGAGGUGCUGGUGAAUAGCAACCGUCUCGGUGAGCGUGUUGUCGUCAUCCCCGGGAAGGUGGAGGAAGUGUCACUACCUGAGCAAGUGGACAUCAUUAUUUCAGAGCCGAUGGGCUACAUGCUGUUCAACGAGCGGAUGCUGGAGAGCUACCUGCAUGCCAAAAAGUUCCUCAAACCCAACGGUAAAAUGUUCCCCACCAUCGGAGACGUGCACCUGGCUCCCUUCACAGAUGAGCAGCUCUACAUGGAGCAGUUCACCAAGGCCAACUUCUGGUAUCAGCCCUCCUUCCACGGUGUAGACCUGUCUGCUCUCAGAGGAGCUGCCGUUGACGAGUACUUCCGCCAGCCGAUUGUGGACACGUUUGACAUCCGCAUUCUGAUGGCCAAGUCAGUUAAAUACACAGUCAACUUCUUAGAGGCCAAAGAGGAGGACCUCUACAGGAUAGAGAUUCCUUUCAAGUUCCACAUGAUGCACUCGGGCCUGGUGCAUGGCCUGGCCUUCUGGUUUGAUGUGGCCUUUAUGGGAUCAGUGAUGACAGUAUGGCUGUCCACGGCUCCCACAGAGCCGCUCACCCAUUGGUACCAGGUACGCUGCCUGCUGCAGUCUCCCCUCUUUGCUAAAGCUGGGGACACGCUGUCCGGGACUGCACUGCUGGUGGCCAACAAAAGACAAAGCUACGACAUCAGUAUUGUUGCCCAGGUGGACCAGACAGGAUCAAAGUCCAGCAACCUCCUGGACUUGAAGAACCCUUUUUUCAGGUACACAGGCACCACACCCAACCCCCCUCCUGGCUCCCACUACAACUCCCCAUCUGAGAACAUGUGGAACACAGGGGCAGCCUACAGUAUGGGUCAGGGGAUGGCUGUAUCAGGGAUGCCAGCAGCUUAUGACCUCAGCACAGUCAUCGGCAGUGGCCCAGCUGUGUCUCACAACAACCUCAUCCCUCUAGUAAACACAGGGAUUGUAAACCACACCCACUCACGGAUGGGCUCCAUCAUGAGCACAGGAAUAGUUCAAGGAGCCACAACGGGCCAGUCGGGCCCCAGCAGCAGCGGUACUUACUAUCCCAUCACCAACCAGUUCACCAUGGGCGGCGCUGCCAUCUCCAUGGCUUCACCUAUGGUCAUACCCAGCAACACCAUGCAUUAUGGCAGUUAAAAUGAAGAUCUUCUAAAGACAUAUUUGACCCUCUGCACCUCCCCGCAUGACAGGAACUUCCCUCUGAUCCCUCAUGGACCCGCCAUCUGCAACCAAAACCAGGAAACCAAAACUAGUGCUGUGCUGGCAUUUCCCUGACCUGUUCACCGGCCUCUUUCCUGUUCAGUCCACCACCAGACAAACAGAUGAACGCCUCUCUAUCCGUCCACUCUCGCUGAAGGCUGAAGCCUCCUUUUAGUCCUCCCCUGUGGAUCUUAAGGAGCUGUUCAUCUCUGACACACAGAUUAUACCCCUGUUGCUCAACAUCUAUGUGCUGUUGACGGAGUCCAUCCACACACUGUUCCUUCUUUCCCCUUUUUUUAAGUGUUUUGACCCUUUAAGUUGUUGUUUUCACCUGAGUAUCAGCUGUUGGCUCGAAACCAGCAUCAUUCCGUUCUCACGGCGCUGUACAGCAGGGACUCUAAAGCUUUCUGUCCCAUCCCAGCAUCUCAUCCCUGGGCUUCUGUCUUCCUGUUUACAUUGUGAAUCCACGUUUCAAGGCCUGACUCCACUUUGUUCAGCCACACUUAAAAGUGAAUGAAGUAGCACUUUGUGUGUGAAACCUUCAGGUCAGGUCUUGAUUUCGAAGUUUGUUUUACCGCGACACUGAAGGAAACGUCAGUUUUUAGCAGAGACAUGCUGGUCACCUUCCAUGCUGGGCGAUGGUAUCAGACCUGUAAUGAUCUGCCAGAUGUGUGUGUCUGAAGAAUAUAUACUCACUCAUGUUACCACUACUUAAGAUGUACUUGCUGCAAACGAGAAUGAGUAAAUUCACCAGGCAGGUAGUGACUUUCUAUUUGUUAAAAUUUUAAAAGAUGUACGUUGAGAAAACUCAACAGCAGCGCUGGUGUAGCUUUCAUUUUUGUGUCAGCCCACAGUAUCAUAUUAGGAAGGAAUCUUCUCCAAGGUCUCUCAAUCAGAAACAGCAGGGAGCAGUGUUUCACAGCUAUUUUCACACUGAUGGUUGUUCAGUUCUGCUUCUGAUUUUAAACUCUUAGAUGAUGGGUUAUUAAAUGAAUGUGCUAAUGAUAACUGAUCUAGAAGAAGACCGUUGCAUAGAUGGACGGAGAGCGUUUUGGGGCUCCUUGCUUAACGGUAAUCGGUGACGCGUCUCAUUGCAAAACAUUGCACAUAUAAACGGCUUGGAUCUACGGUAAGGGUAGCUGUAUCAAGAUCUUUUACAAUUUGGAGGUAAAAUUGGUCUAUUAAUAUGCUGUUUCAGAAGUUGACCAAAAAGUCACUUGUUGUUGCUAUUAAAUGGUCUGACAGCCAUUUAAGUUUAAGAAGCACUUGGACACAGACAGCUGAGAGAUGCCAGUUAAAGAUUUUAUUCUAGCUACUCAACAUGGAAGGUGAUUAAUGUGAUACUCUAAAAGGUUUAGUCAAGCCUAGACGUGGGUUCACCCGGCUCCUCCAGGCAUCUGUGUUCUUACCUUAAGAUAACGCAGCUUUAUUCUGGCUCCAUUUGAGGAAAAAGCUGGAAGAACGAAGCAGUCAACUGGAACCAUGGCUGAAACGGCGGCUCCACUCAUGCUCCUCUGUUUCCCCAGCUUCAGAAUUCCCUGAGCCUGUCAAAAGAAGACUUUUAUGUCCAGGCUUGGGAGACAGAGCUCCUCAUCCGUUCACUUACGUAUGACCAUCAACAUAUCAUUGUUGUCUACACAGCCUCCACCCACAUCCACUUUUAUCAGUACAGGAAGGUGAGAGACUGACACUUUUAUGCAUUACUUCCAGUGUCACAACUAUUGGAACUUGAUUUUGCAAGUUUUAGGAGAGCUUAGAAAAAUGUCUCUUAGUAGGAACUAUUUUGUUUUGAAUUUUUUGUUGUUUUUUUCUCUUUCACAAGAAAACAGAAAAAGAAAAAAAAUUCUGAAAUUAAAUGUGGAAAUGUUUCAACCCAUCCCGGAAUCCUGGAAUGUUGUAGUACUUUAGUUUUUUCCUUUCUCUUUGUAAAAUAGACUGUGGACGCAGCAGAUGUUUUCCAUGUGCUAGAGUCAUACUGUCCCUUUCGUCGUGGAUUCAUGCUCUCUGUAUUCAAAUAGUGGCAUCCACUGUUGCCCAUGGAACGGUGUAAAGGAUUGCUGUCAUUUGUGUGUGUUGACCAACGAGAAAUAACAUCUUUGAUGCUGUCUGA